AUGAGGGUGGUGUCGUCCGUGAACUUGAUCAGCUUCACGGAGUCGUGGCUGGAGGCCUUCGGCUUCAUGUCCCGUGUGGCUCUUCAGGCCGAGAAGAUGAACCAUCAUCCAGAGUGGGUCAAUGUUUAUAACAAGGUGCAGGUCACUCUGACAACUCAUGACUGUGGAGGUCUUUCUCAGAGAGACGUCAAAAUGGCCAAAUUUAUCGACAAAAUUACACUUUCAGAUUAA